AUGGACCCCGGCCAGAGCAUCCCGGAUCAGCGGACGGCCGCCAGGGAGCUGCUGCAAGGGGCGGCCACGGCCGUGAAGGGCCUCCGGGAAGAUCUGAGGGGUGCAGCGGGCCGGCCCUGGAUCCCGAAGCGGGAGGCGCCUCGAGAGGCUGCGGCGGCGGCGGCGGGACACGAGAUCCUACUGCCAAACGAGAGAAAAUUUCAGAAUGCUGCAAAAAGCAAUAAUUUGGAUCUUAUGGAGAAGCUGUUUGAAAAGAAGGUUAACAUUAAUGCUGUGAACAAUAUGAACUGCACAGCCCUGCAUUUUGCAGUGGGGGCAAAUCAUAUAUCUGCGGUGGAUUUCUUGCUCAAUCACAAGGCAAGAGUGGAUAUUGCUGAUAAGCACGGAUUGACAGUACUUCACCUUGCAGCCUGGUCUGGAAGUCUCGAGAUCACGCUCAUGCUCAUUCGAGCUGGAGCAGACCAAAGGGCCAAGAAUGAGGAUGGUAUGAAUGCCCUCCACUUUGCAGCUCAGAGCAAUAAUGUACGCAUUGUGGAGUACCUCAUUCAAGAUCUGCACUUGAAGGACCUGGACCAGCCUGAUGAGAAAGGAAGAAAACCAUUUCUUUGGGCAGCUGAGAGGGGCCACACUGAAAUGAUAGAAAAACUUAUCUUCCUUAAUCUACAUACUUCAGAAAAGGACAAGGAGGGGAAUGCUGCCCUGCAUCUUGCAGCAAAGCAUGGUCACAGUCCUGUGGUCAGGGUGCUGCUAACCCAGUGGCAAGAAACAAAUGAGAUCAAUGAGAAUGGAGAAACACCAUUUUUCCUGGCUGUUAGAGGAGGUCAUGAAGAAUGCAGCAAAGUGCUUCUGGCAGCAGGAAGUGAUGUCAACAUUCCAAAUAAACACAACAUCACUGCUUUGGAGAUGGCAACCCAGAAUGGGCAUGCAUCCCUUGUCAGCUGUCUUCUUGGAGAGAAUGUUGAUCUGCACCAGAACACGGAACCGAAGGACUCCCCUCUUCAUUUAGCUGUUAUCAACAACCAUAUCUCAGUUGUGAACAGCUUAAUAAGGGCACAGCACGACAUUGACACCUUAAAUCAGAGGCGGCAGACUCCUUUGCAUGUUGCUGCUGAUCUUGGCAAUGUGGAACUGGUGGAAACCUUGCUGAAGGCAGGAUGUGACCUGAAGAUUGUUGAUAAACAAGGGAAGACUGCCCUGGCCAUGGCCUCCAGGAGCAACCACAGCCUUGUUGUGGACAUGAUCAUUAAAGCAGAGAGAUACUAUGCCUGGAAAGAGCAGCAUGGUGAGAACAUCAGGGACCCAUCAACCAGCUUUACUUUGACAUUCAAGCAAGAUCACAGUUUGGAGACCAGACAUAUUCGCAAUCUCCUCUGGAAACUGGCUUACCAGCAGCUUAAGGCCAACGAGUGGCAGAGGCUGGCCCGUUCCUGGAACUUUACAGAUGACCAGAUCAGAGCCAUUGAGGAGCAGUGGACAGGGAAGGGAAGUUUCCGUGAACACGGCCACAGGGCUCUGCUCAUCUGGCUGCAUGGGACCCUGAUGACACAGGCCACUCCGGUCAAGCAUCUGUAUGAAGAGCUGAUACGCGCAGGUUUCCCAGAACUAGCUGAAAAGAUCCGUCAACAAAAAAACGAAACAGACUCAAGGUCCAAGAAAUGUGCAGUUUCAUAG